AUGUCCGGUCCAGCUUCCUCUGUUAUCAGGCAUACCUCCCGUGUCUGCACAAAUCGACUUUCCUCACAGACCGUUCUUCCGUUACGACACCUCCAAGCUAGUGUCGUGGCCACUGCUCGGCUAUCACAACGACGCAAUUAUGUAUCUGAAUCGAAGCCAACUCAGGCUCAGGUAACCGACGUUGAAUCGGCCAUCAAGGCCGACCAGAAAAAAUUCAUCAAUGAGACGGGCAACCUUCCGUCGCAGGUGCACAACCCUGUAACAGGAUUGUCAGGCGAUGCAAUGAUGAGCCCCCAAGCGGGCAUCUUAAAACAAGCUACAAUCAUGGAUCAGGGCACUCGCCCGAUUUAUUUGGAUGCACAAGCCACAACUCCCGUUGAUCCUCGCGUACUCGACGCAAUGCUUCCUUUCCUUACUGGGUUAUAUGGUAACCCUCAUUCGCGAACACACGCUUAUGGUUGGGAGAGUGAUAAAGCUUCCGAACAGGCCCGUGAACAUAUUGCGACAUUGAUCGGUGCCGAUCCGAAAGAGAUCAUCUUCACAAGUGGCGCCACUGAGAGUAAUAACAUGAGUAUCAAAGGCGUUGCCAGAUUCUUCGGCAGGGCUGGCAAAAAGAAGCAUAUCAUCACAUCUCAGACCGAGCAUAAAUGUGUUCUGGAUUCUUGCCGUCACAUGCAAGAUGAAGGGUUCGAGGUCACAUAUCUGCCCGUUCAAAGUAAUGGAUUGAUCGAUCUCAAACAACUUGAGGACGCCAUAAAGCCUGAGACUGCCCUGGUCAGCAUCAUGACUGUCAACAACGAAAUUGGUGUCAUUCAGCCAGUUGAGGAAAUUGGUCGUCUAUGCCGCUCCAAGAAAGUUUAUUUCCACACCGAUGGUGCUCAGGCUGUGGGCAAAAUUCCGAUCGAUGUCAACAAGUGGAAUGUUGAUCUCAUGUCAAUCUCCAGCCACAAGAUUUACGGUCCCAAAGGUAUUGGUGCCUGUUAUGUAAGAAGACGUCCCCGUGUCAGAUUAGAUCCGAUCAUCAGUGGCGGAGGUCAAGAAAGAGGUCUUCGCAGUGGUACACUUGCUCCUCACCUCGUGGUUGGCUUCGGUGAGGCCUGCCGUAUUGCAAAGGCAGAGAUGGAGUAUGAUUCAAAGAGAAUCAAGUAUCUUUCGGACCGCUUGAUGAACGGACUCCUGUCAUUGGAACAUACCUCUCAGAACGGGGAUGCCGAGAAACGAUAUCCUGGCUGUGUAAAUGUUUCAUUUGCUUAUGUCGAGGGAGAAUCGCUUCUGAUGGCUCUGAAAGAUAUUGCUUUAUCAUCCGGCAGUGCUUGCACAUCUGCAUCUCUGGAACCGAGCUACGUUUUACGAGCUCUUGGAAACAGUGAUGAGAGUGCUCAUAGCAGUAUUCGGUUUGGUAUUGGACGAUUCACUACCACCAGCGAGAUUGAUUACGUUCUGAAGGCCGUUCAGGAACGAGUCACGUUCUUGAGAGAACUCAGUCCUCUCUGGGAACUUGUACAGGAAGGUGUUGAUCUCAACACUAUUGAGUGGAGUCAACAUUAG